AUGACGACACCAUUCUCUCCGGUGGUGAUCUCUUUCUUCAUAUUUCUGCAGGCGAUAUGUUCAGCGACCAUUGAAAACGCGGCGGACUGUGCGGCGGUUGGAACGUUGAUUUCAUCGUGCACGGAGUUUGUGAAUUACGGGUACCCGGAUCCGAUACCCGGUUCGAGCUGCUGCGACGCGAUGACGGUGCUCGGGACUUACUCUGAUUCGUCGGAGAAGAGACGGUGGCUCUGUAAUUGCUUCAUGGCUCUCAUUAAUGUCUAUAGUUCAAACGCCACCGCCAUUUCUACCUUGUCUGGCUUCUGCGGCGUUGUUUUGGGCUUCACCAUCGACCCUAACACCGAUUGCAACUUGUAUGUGAUAUAG